CCUAAGUACCUAAGGUAAGUAAGCUUACCUGUGGUUUGGUUGCCUGGGAGCUUGAGCUGUAGAUAGCUAGCAGUAGAUAUCCUUCGUUUCACCUCUGCAUCAUCAACUACUCCCCUUCCCUUUCACGUUUUUGCAUAAUAUUCCAUCUAUUUCUUCGAUAUCCUUUUUUGUUGGAAUAGUCCUCAACGCAAACAAAUCUACCACCAUGAAAGCCUCCCUCCUCUCAUCACUGCUUCUGCCAGCAGCAGCUAGCGCUCGCUUCAUCGAGGCUAACGAGGCCAUCGAGGCAAAUCGCAUCCUACCUUAUGUGGAUGCCCUCCUCGACGAAGGUGCCUCUGUUGAGAAGUUCCUUAUCGAGCUGUCUCCUGGCGAGACGCGCUAUGUAACCGAAGAUGAGAAAUGGGAGCUUCGCCGAGCCGGGAAGAAUUUCAUGGAUAUCACAGAAAAUGGUGACCUCGGGACGCUGAGAGCCUCGUCGCGAUCCACUGCUGUUUUCCCCAAGAAGGCGAAGCUCCAAAAUGAGAUCAGACCCCUACUGGCAAACCUGUCAAAAACACCGAUGGAAGAACAUCUUACAAAGUUCACCAGCUUUCACACACGCUAUUAUAAGUCAGACUAUGGGCGACAAUCCUCGGAGUGGCUUCUCCAGACCGUCCAGAAUACCAUCAAGGAGGCAGAUGCUGACCAGUAUGGAGUCAAAGCCGAACACUUCAAACACAGCUGGGGUCAACACUCAAUCAUAGCGACGAUACCGGGGAAGUCGAAAUCGACCGUCGUCAUUGGCGCGCAUCAAGACUCAGUCAACAUGUGGCUACCAUCAAUUCUUGCUGCUCCCGGUGCCGAUGACGACGGCUCCGGCACCGUCACCAUUCUUGAGGCCUUCCGCGUUCUGCUACAGUCCGAGAAUGUGAUAAAGGGCAACGCCCAAAAUACUAUAGAGUUCCAUUGGUACAGUGCCGAGGAAGGCGGUCUUCUCGGUAGCCAGGCUAUCUUUUCCGAUUACGAAAAGAAAGGUCGAGAUGUCAAGGCAAUGCUUCAGCAAGAUAUGACAGGCUUCAUUCAGAAAACUAUUGAUGCCGGUAAGCCGGAGAGCGUGGGCGUCAUCACCGACUUUGUUGACGCUGGUUUGACUGCCUUUAUUAAAAAAAUCAUUGAAGAGUAUUGCGACAUUCCGUAUGUCGAGACGAAGUGUGGCUACGCUUGUUCCGAUCACGCUUCCGCUUCAAAGGCCGGCUAUCCCUCUGCUUUCGUGAUCGAAUCCUCUUUCCCCGACUCUGAUGAUCAUAUUCACGGUACUGAAGAUCUCAUCAAAUAUCUCUCCUUCGACCACAUGUUGCAACAUGCCAAAAUGACCCUAGGUUUUGUAUAUGAGCUAGGAUUUACAGACUUUAAAGAGCUUGAGGGUUCCGAGGUUGGCGAAUUGUAGAACUUGAAACCUGUGGAUGGGCAUAUACUUAGAAUUGAAAGGUGGAUUUUGUGAACAAUGUGAACAGAGCAUUCGAAUACUUGACCUUUCAACUGCUCGGUGAUUUAUCUGAUACGUCAUCACACCCACCUAUCUAGCAAGCUUACGUGACUAGCUCCCACCCAGACUCGCCAGGGUCGGCAUAAACAUAGAUGUCCCAAGCUGGAUACGAAGGUUGCGGGAAAGCGGCGGCGGCGUAAUUGAUUGCGUCAUUACUCGGCUCCAGCGUGCCGGACGUAAGCCCAAAAUGCUGUGAACUUAGAAUCCGGCCUCGCUAUCUCAUCUAGAUAUGGGAACACGUUAGUGCCUUUGGAUACGUGCCUAAUUCUAUGCCUAUACUGAUUGGCCAAUGCAUUGUUGCAAGGGCUGUCAAGGGAGGUAAGCCAGGCGACGUCAAAGCAAGCUUCGCGCCAAGGAAUCAGGGUUUGAAGCUUAAGGCCUACC